AUGCCUCCCCCAGCUAACCUCCAGCCAACCACAACCCCCGAUCGGCACCGUCAUCAUCCAUCCAAUUUCGAAAUUGAGUUCAAUCCUAUCAAUCUUAUCUUCGACACCCUCAAGAACCGCCCGUCGAAACAAAACUGCUUAAUCUUUGCUAUGCAACCGUCAACUGAAAACAUCGGAAUGGGCGAGUACGAGUACGAGGAGUCGUACAUUGCACCAAGUCAAAUGGCUCAAAGCGACGGCGCGUCGUGUCGGGUUUUUUUUGAGCCCUCUCAAGACAAUGUGGGUUACAUCCAUUCGUAUUCAAACGUCAUGCAAGGGAUCCCCUUGGCUGCCCUUCAAACAAGCCCCAAUCCAGCGCCACCAGGCUUGCAUGCGGCCAAUCACCAGGGCUCUAUCGGUCACAUCGCGGUGGGUCAUCAGCUGGCUUUUCCAGGUCAAGAUCCUCGUCUUCAAGGACCAAUGGCGUUUACCUCAAGCUCGCUCGGCCAACUCACCGCAAUGCCCAAUCCUUGUGUGACGCAGAUUUCGACCGCGGGGGCUCAGGCGACCCUCACCUCUGACCAGACCGGCCACCUGAUGUCGAUGCCUGCAGGUAACAAUCAAGCGGUUGGGUCCAGCAAAGCGACUCCUUCGGUCAAAGAGUGGGACCGAUUGGCUUUGACGGCCGAAACGGUCUUCAAAACGGACAUUACGCGUUGGGACUGGCCCAGUUUGCAGGCAAGGAUCCUCUCAAUCCUCGAGGGUCCACAUGACCCCAUGGGCCUCGAGGGCCCCGGAGAGUUACUUCGGAAGCAUUUCGACGCCCUCGCGGACUCCGGCCUGCUCAAGUGGCAGUGCGUCCUCAACUCGCAUCGUACGUAUGGCCACAUAGGCCACUACUAUGUCACUUGUGAUGAACAGUGGAAAGUCUUUGUCAAUGUGGCCUGCCACAAGGAAAAUUUGGCGAAGAAAAUCUUCAUCAAGCUCCUGAUGGAUGAUCCUUGCAAAACGGUGAAGGCCGCUGAAUCUGCAAAGAAGCAAAACAAUAACCUUGUAGCCCAAUAUGGGACAAACCCGGAGCGCAUUGCCAUGGAACGACUAAAUUCUCGUCUGGCCAAGAAUCCCAAGGCUGACACAGAUGCUAAGGAUCGGGUCCAAAAGGUCGCCGAUCUAUCAACCUACAUUUGCGAGAAGUACGGUGCUAAUUCAGAGUCCUUGAGGAUCAAGGACCCCGACAACCCAGAGAGGUCGAUCCGGAUCACAUCAAACGGGCUGGGAAUAUGGGGCCGUGCGUUGUUUAAGAAAGCGGACGGGGUGGACUUCGACCGGCCUCCGCAGACGGACGAGUUUGUAUCAGAGCCUAUAACUGUGUUCACUCGCGAUGAGGAAGCCGCCCGGGUAGCUACUCCAAAGACCCCAAAGAACAAAGGCCCCGCCAAAGGAGCGAUUCGCCGCUCAGCCUCGUCGAUGGCCUCCGGGAACCACAAGCACGGGUCUCCGUCUGGGAUCAGCCCAGCAGCCCCACGGUUCACUGGCGUCCGCAAGACCCCGGAUGGGCGGAUCAGGCCGCCCAAGUUGAUCGCAUCCCCAACCUUAUCGUUGGACCCCAACGAUAAGGUCUCGUCCCCGAGCCUGGGUAGACCCGAGUCGAUAAAUCAUCUGCAUGUCCUGGGGAAACGGGGCUCGGAUGCCUCUUCAGUCUCCAAGGCCCCCGACCCCAGCGGGACCGACGAGUCGGAGAAAGUGACGGACGAGUCCGCAAAAUCUGAAGACCGAGGGUGUUCGACGACCGAGUCAGAUGCUGAGGCGGAGGUCGUGGACAUCGAUCCGUAUGUCAGAGGACAGUCAUCAGACGGUACCGAUAUCGAGCUGGUCUCCGGUGAUCAGGGGGGUCCCGGGUCUCAUCCUUCACCGGCUCGUAAGAUACCUCGUGUGGCAAACACCAGUGCCAAUCGCAUUGCGCACACGAUCAGUCGCCUGGAGUUCCAUACUCCAGGCCCACAUGAUGCCUCUCCACAAGACUCCCCGGGAAACCUGGCCGCGGCGGCGACUCCGAUUCACAAUGGUGUCGCGCACACGAUCAGUUGCCUGGAGUUGCAUCCUCCUGCUCCACAUGAUGUCAAUCCUGUGGAGCAGGAGCCGUCCGGAAUCCAGGCCGCGCCGGCGAUUCCGAAUCAACAAGCCGUGGCGAGUCCAACCCCUGGCGAAAACGGUGGCCCUCCCGCUCAUGAGGUGGCGGCCCUGGAGGCUGAGCCGGACGGUCCCCCAUUGAACGAGGCCGGUCGCACCCUGCGAAUGGAGGACUUUCUAGCCCUGUGCAACUUUGACGCGAACGAUAUGGUACCUCGGGUCCUCAUUGACGUCACCCACAUCCGACACUGGGACUUUUUCCGUGACAUGACUGUAGUUGAGUUGCAAAGGAUGGGCUUCCCUUUUCCAAUUGCAAAGCAAUUGAUUAAGGGGGCCCGCGGUUUAGAGGCGACUCACACUCAGACUAAUCCCCCCAACGCCGAACACGCUGACACGGCCCGCCCCAUGAUUUGAUGCGGUUUCUUAGCCAAAUCAUCCAUCUUUAUUUUACCGAUAGGCUUAU